CGCGGAGCAGUUCGGAAGAAAUCAAGGAAAAGCACAGACUGUGAGUGAGUGAAAGGAUUCCCAGUGCCAUUGGAAAGGGGUAGCAAAGCGGGAGAGUGAUGUUUGUGAUUCCUUCCAGCAGGGUGGUGGGUGUUGGGAGUGAUUAGGGUGAUGUUAAAACGUACAUAGGGGGUGGUGGUAGGUGCUUAGUGGCUUGCAAAUGCUUAGUAUACCGCGAACGGCGAAUUGGAGACAGUGGUGCAGGGAUGCAUUGCGAGGCGAGGACAAAGACAGACGGUUUACGGUGUGGGUUGGGUGUUGGAGCCGAUUUGCUAUGUUAUUAAAGUGAGAUUUUGGCGCGCAAAGGCAGUGGCAUAAAUAGUGUCUGUGUUAUUUUUGUUAUACUAUCUUGAUUAGAAUGAAGUUUCGUGGGCCACAGUUCAAUUGAUGAUGGAGGACGAGAUUAAUACCUGUAGGAGCGGCAGUAGCAACAGUAGCAGUAACAGCAGUAGUAGCAGCAGUAGCAGUAGUAGCAGCAGUGAUAGUGAUAAGUGCUCGGAUACGUCUAGUUCUAGUGAGAAGGAUGUUGAAAGUGAAAAUGACAAGGAUAACGAAGGCAGUCAAGUGGUGACCAACAAAGUAAGAUUGGGGUUAACAGCGAGCGCAGGACCUGCCAACGGCAACAGCAACUCGGGCAAUGGUAUUGAGGAUGACAAGGAGGUCAAAGUUGUACCACCCAAGCCUAUUGAAGGGAACGUUGGGCCUCUGACAGCUACGGUGAAAUUUAUUAAUCCCUUCAAAAACAAUUGGAUCAAUGCGGAUCGUUUAAACGAGCUCAGAAAAAAAGUGCACGACGCAACCAAACAUCAUCGGGUAUUUUUGUUGCGAGGCUCAUUUCACACAGUUAGGCGAGCCUUGGUUGAACGAGGUUGGGUUGAAAAGUUAGAUGGAUUUCGUGCAAAGCCGCAAGCUACUACUUCGUCCUCUGGUUUCAUUUUGGAGGAUUUAGUACAACAGCUGCCAGAACGGAAACCUGGUGAAUCUCGUAAAAAUCACAUUGCAAAAUGUGAGCGGAGCAUCAUGUCACGCUUUCUAGAGCAUACACCAGUGGAUCUACUUUGGACAGCCCGCAGAGAGAAGGCCGAUUGGCUUGACAUGACUAAAAAUUCAACGCUGAUUAUUAAUCGCUUCAGUAAGGCACCGUUCACUACGAAAGAAGGUCUAUGUUCGGCUCUCCAUGAUUUUCACUGGUUCUACGAGGAAGGGAUGUCAGAAACAUAUUUCCCGCGUUGCUAUAAUGUGUGGAAUCCGGAGGAGCUAAACGAAUUUAUCGACAACUUUCGCCUUACCGCUUCGAUGGGCCUUCUCAAGUGGUUAAUCGAAACACACGCUAGAGAGGGACUGGAGGCAAUUCUAUCCGACGAGGGAAAAGUUCCAGGGACGUGCAUCAAUUUUGCUUUGUCGCGCUGCAAAGAAUAUUUGGACUAUUGCUUGCACAACGAUAUCGAUGUGGAAGAGGAUGUAAAAAUUUGGGACCACGAUUGGGAUGUUUUUCUUACGCAUCAUUUUAUGUUGACGCAUGAAAAUGGCAAAGUGCUAAUGGUAAAACGGGAUGAUGAUCCAAACAUGAUUACAAAUUGCGUGGCGGAUGCAAGGUCAGUGCUUGAGCAAAUUAAAAAUCACUGGCCACAGUACUCGCUGGAUGGGUAUCUGAACAUUUGGAUCGUCAAACCCGGUAAUAAGUGCCGUGGGAGAGGAAUACAUCUGAUGAAUAACAUCAAGCAAAUUAUUGCGAUGGUUAAUCCACCUAUUGUUAGUAAAACGAGAUACGUAAUACAGAAAUAUAUUGAACGUCCCCUCAUCAUCCACAACACCAAGUUCGACAUUCGGCAGUGGUUCAUGAUCACCAGCGUUCAGCCAUUAAUCAUAUGGUUCUACAAGGAGAGCUAUCUCCGCUUCAGCUCGCAGCAGUACAAUCUAAUGAAUUACCAUGAAUCGGUACAUUUGACCAAUCAUGCCAUCCAGAAAAAGUAUCACAAUGCGGUUCGCGAUGAACGGCUUCCGCACGAGAAUAUGUGGGAUUGCCAUACCUUCCAGGCGUACCUCCGCCAGAUCGGCAAAUACGAGAUGUGGUCUGAGCGGAUCUAUCCUGGAAUGCAAAAGGCAAUCAUUGGUUCGCUACUUGCCUGUCAGGAUAACAUGGAUCGCAGGCAGAACACGUUCGAGCUGUACGGGGCUGACUUCAUGAUUACCGAGGAUUUCUUUCCGUGGCUGAUCGAGAUUAACUCGAGCCCGGAUUUGGCCCCCAGCACGAGUGUUACAGCGAGGUUGUGUCCGCAGUGUGUGGAAGAUACAAUACGAGUUGUCAUCGAUCGUCGCCACGAUUCGAAUGCAAACACCGGAUCUUUCGAAAUGAUUUACAAACAAAUAAUUCCGAAAACUCCCGCAUACAUGGGAUUAAAUCUUCAACUUCGGGGUCACCGCAUCAUACCUAAAAGUGCCGCGAAAAAGGAACGUUUGCGUAUGUUGCCAGUGAAACCUGUACAUAGUGUGCUACAUGUCUCACGUAUAAGCACAACUUCUGCUCCAAAACCCACCACAGGGCCUGUGAUAAUGGAUCUCAUCGAUUGUUUGCAGUUUGAUAGUAAGGCGCAGCAUGAAGAUGAUGAACUUCAUGCCAGAACAGCACUGUUCAGAAAAUCAGGGUUUUCUCCAAGAUCUAAUCUGCGGUAUGAUUUCGCUAAGAAGAAAUCUUAUAUUAUCGCAAAAUCAGGCGAUUUCUUCCGAAGGAACCGUGGCUCAAAAUAUAUUACAGAACAUGACUCGUACAUCGACAAUAUCGAAGAUUGGGAAAGAGCCACAAAUAGCUUCUUCCAAACAAAUUAUGCCAACACGCUGAGUGCGUUGAAUCGGAAAAAUGCUGGUCACGUGGGUGAGGAAAAUCAAUUAUCGCCAAAUUCCAGCUGUCAUAACCUGAAGUAUUGUGUGCCGAGAACUGCCCACUCCUCAAUCGCCAAUGAAAACCAAACACAUCUUGAAAAUACUGCCAAUUUUGAUAGUCGAAAUACUGCCACUAGUGAUAUUCCCACUGGUUACAGUAGAUAUAACAGAUUGAUUCCCAGCAGCAAAAAAGUGGCGCUCACCUCGACGAUCAAUAAUUUCUACACCCUUGGAGUAAACCUGCGGCAGCAGGCAGCAUCGAGCAGGAGCCCCAAGUCACCCAGAAAAAACGCCGACUUUGCACAAUCAGCUGAAAAUUUAGCGGAAUUAGGGAAAUAUUGUUGAGAAUAUAAUGAAGAAUAUAUGCCUACUAAUAGCUAUUCGAAAAAAGUCGUGAUCAUCGUGCCGAUCCCAGUAGACACCACCUUUCCUCUAGUACUUCAAAAUCAGUUGUUGUAUAAAUCGAUAUCGUUACGCCACAGCAAAAUUAUAGUGUAGUGAAAUUGAAAACCCUUAAUAGUAAACAGAUGCAUUUAAAAGUUAAAUAUGUUGAAGAUA